AUGAGCGCCGUAGCAAUCCCGCCACAACAACAAGCACCACACACAGCUUCUCUAAACACACCUGGUUUCUUCACUCAGGCAUUUUUAGAGUUAAACGUGUUCGAACAGUGCUUUUCAUCUCUCCAAUCCUCGGAUUCUACUCCCUCCAGCUCCACCCCUUCCUCAACCUCAACGUCAGAACAAAAGGUCUCAACGUCCACUGCCAGUUUAGAGCCACCUUCUCCCCGAACGGUUAUACAUCAGAAAGACAAAACAGAAUACACCACUCCAGUGGAACCAGAUCUGAGUUUACCAAGUCCAAUUAUGGAGCCUCACGUUUAUACUGUUGAUAACCGUCGGUACUCCGUACAAGAAUGUUCAGAGAUUCAUGACUCUCAAUAUUUUGCGGACAGGAGAUUUUCCAUGCCUGACACGCAUGCACUUACAUGGACCAUGAAUCCUGAGUAUGACAACCAGCAAGCUCAUUUACGUCCCGAUAACUUCUAUCUUCCCGCUCAACCCACUCCCCCUAUCUCUGUUCAUUCGAAUUCGCCUAUGAAUCGUUACAACACCCCUCUCAAGUCUACUGGAGGAAUUUCGACUCCUCCCCGUAUGCGUCAAACCCCCGAGGGGCCUUUGUCACCUUUGGAUGGAAUGAUCGGACACCCCGACGGUGGACUGUUUAGACCACUCCCUGGGCAGACGACCCCACCGGCCGACAACGAUUUUGGCGGUAACAUUGAACCGAUCGACAACGAUUAUGGCGGUAACAUUGAGUUGGACUCCCAGGAAAUUUCGGAAACGUCCAUGCCCCCUGAAACUUUCGAAUGCCCCAGCUCUCCUCUUCAAGCAAGGCCCAGUAUACGUAAGCGCGGAAUUGGUAAGCCGACAAUUGCGGCGACUCGCAAGGCAACUACAACAGCUAAGCUUGGUCCUGAUGGGAAGCCCAUACCGCCAGUUGAAGAUGACAAGAGGCGCAAGAAGUUUUUGGAACGCAACAGGGUUGCUGCUAGCAAGUGUCGUCAAAAGAAGAAGCUCUGGAUGCAAAAACUUGAGGAAAAUGCUCGGAAUGCACAAUUAAGCGCCAAAAAUCUUAGGGAGCAAGUCACUGCUUUGAAGGAUGAGAUGCUCAACCUCAAAGGCAUGCUUUUGAAGCACACUGGUUGCGGUUGCCCGCAGAUCCAGACAUAUCUCGAGAACGAAGCGGCCAAGGUUGCCCAAGCUGCUCAGACCUCUUUGGAUACCAUGAAUUCCACAACGGAGGGACCCGCCACCACCUUCACUGAGGCUUCUAGUAGCAUGCUUGGCGAGAACGACAACAUCCUUGAUGACGGAUUCGAAUUCGGGAGUGGCAGUUUCAGUGGCAGUUUCCGCAGCAGCAGCUCUGGAUCUCUCUAA